UAAUACAAGCUACACGUAGAUGAGAAGCACUGCAUAUUGUGUGCCAUUGUGAUUUGUGGCAGGACCUGCAAGGGGUGGCAGGGCAAAGUAAAGGUCUGUUCAGAUGUACAGUGAGUCUACGUUCAGAUUGUCAUGAUUAUAGUAGCUGUAUGGUUAGUUGGAUGAAGAUUGAUCUGGAGUGGUGUGGGGAUAUCUGCAUGUUAUAGUGUACUCAAUCACUAGGCAUGCAACCAGCAAAUCACGCUGCCACUGAUGUCAGUUUUGCCAUCUGAUAUACGCUACAUUUCAGCUGUGUGUACUGACCUUUAUAACUGUCAUUACAGUACGUAAGGAUUUUAAUCUUAGUGAUAGUGGUAGCAGACUCAAUGGUGGUUCAGCUAUUUUACUAUUGAACUGACUACGUCCAAUGAUCAAAUCAAGGAAGGGAGGAAUAACUCAAGCACUCACAUGAAGCAUGGUUGUACUUUAUUGUGGGGCAUUUUGACAAAGUGAAGAAAGAAGACACCCAAUUCUUUAAUUUCUCUUUAAAAGUCUCCAUUCUGUUAACUCUUGAAUUGAAAUGAAGCAAAUGCUUUGAUGUAUAACCUCCGAAGGAACUGAGUUGGCUAGACUGAGGAAAAACUCUGCACAGGUUAGUCCAGGAAAGGAGGCAAGAUUGCUACUACCGGGUACCAAGACGCUGCCAACCUGACGACCUUUGUCCCAUUUCCCUCAUACCCCCUGACCAUCCUACCCACCCCUGCUAUACCUCAUCACCCUCCACCUCCCCUGUACACCAUGACCACCCCUGAAGACACAUCUGGCAUGGUGGGGAAUAGUGACACACCUAGUGUCACCCUCACGAUCAGGCUCAUCAUGCAAGGAAAGGAAGUUGGCAGUAUCAUUGGGAAGAAUGGUGAGACUGUCAAAAAAUUCAGAGCAGAGAGUAAAGCGAGAAUCAACAUCUCAGACAGUUCAUGUCAAGAGAGAAUUGUUACCAUCACUGGCUCUCCUGAAUCAAUAAAUAUGGCAUUCUCCCUCAUCACAAAUAAGUUUGAGUUGGAUUUGUCGAGCAAUCCAAAUAACAACAGUCCAGGAGGAGCACCUAAACCACCAGUGACACUUCGGUUAAUUGUACCUGCUAGCCAAUGUGGAUCACUCAUUGGGAAAGCCGGCUCCAAAAUCAAAGAUAUUAGAGAGUCCACGGGGGCGUCAAUACAAGUUGCCAGUGAGAUGCUACCAAGUUCAACAGAAAGAGCUGUAACAAUCUCAGGGACACCGGAAGCAAUAACUAAGGCUGUUCAUCAUGUCUGCCGUGUUAUGCUGGAGUCACCACCCAAAGGAGCAACAAUUCCCUAUAGACCCAAGCAAACAUCAACUCCUAUCAUCUUUGCAGGGGGUCAGGCCUAUGCAGUGCAUGGGAACUAUGCUGUACCACAGCCCGAUGUAGGUAACCAGUUAUCCAAGCUACAAUAUGCCAUGCAACACACAACCACCCCCUUCACCAUCCCAGGGCAGUCCCAUUUUCCUGCAGGUGCAAUUCAGCAGUACAGUGCAGCUGCAGCUAACAGCGUUCCCGUUGCAGCAACAAAUAACCAACAGACUCAUGAGAUAACGAUACCUAACAGUGUCAUUGGCUGUGUCAUUGGAAGACAGGGUAGCAAGAUCCAAGAAAUAAGACAACUAUCGGGAGCAAACAUUAAAAUCAACGAUGUUAAGGAAGGAAGUCCAGACAGAGUGGUAACCAUUACUGGGCAGUCCGAGAGUAUUGCUUUUGCACAGUAUCUCAUCAAUUUCAGCCUUGAGACGGCCAAAAGCCAGACCUCUGUGACUGUUGACCCGUCUGUGACCUCGAUGACCUCAUUCACCACCUCUUCAUCACCCACCACCCUGACCCCGAAUACCGCACCCUCGCCGACAAUCUCCCAAGACAUGUCUCCUCUAUCAAACAUACUGAUGAAACCUGUUCCGUUACUCAGUUUGGAUGCUCUACAGCAGGCCAGCAAUGCUUACACAACCAAAAUCCGCACUGCCACUGUUGCCGCCGUCGCUGGAGCUAAGAAAUUCUCCCCAUACUAACUCCACACUGCACGUUUUUUUGUUAUUGUUUUUCGCUGGUUCACGCUAUUUUUUCUUUGUUUUGUUUUAAUGAAGGGAUCAUCAUCAACUUUGGCACUUUAUUUUAUUUGAAUAACUAUGAAAACAAGCCUUUGUUAAGCUUGCAUUUUCUUUAGUUUUUCAUUUUUGACGACAUUGAUGUUUCACAUUGCACUUCCAUGUCGAGCAUUGGUCCGAGUGUCUUGAAUUAAGUUGGGGGCGUGGGGGUUACUUUGACAAUUUGUUUCAUCAUCUUAGAAUAUUGUUUUGGCUGGUAUAGAAAACAUGGUGUGUUACAGACGGAUGUGUUGUACAUGACACAAAGGCGAAGUUCAUCUGGGCAUUUAACAUUGCAUUCAUAUCAAAUUUUCAUGUUAUAAUUGGUAGGUGCACAAAAGGAGCAGUGAGUCAGUAACAGACUUACACUUUGACUGGAAAUAAGUACACCACUGCACAUCUUUGCACUCUGAUAUAGUGUGGAUGAACAGAAGUUUUGUCACUAGGGUGCCAUGGAGCCUUCUGUUUGUCAGUUACUUUGAAGUGUCUUGCUAGUAAAGAAAAAUCCAAACUUUCGUAAUGAUUUUUUUUUUGGAGGGGAAGGGAAGGAGCUGCCUUACAUAAAACAACUUUUUAAAGAACUGCUAUUAAAAUUAAAUUUGUCUUUAUAUACUGGGACGGUGCAUCAGUAUGAUUAAAUGUUUUUUCAUUGGACUUUGGUUGAGAUAGAACUUAUUACAUUGUGACUAGAUGAUGAUGACCUAAUAGUGAGGUUACUGAUGUCACCAAGGUAGGUUUGUGAGAUUCAAUUUCAUAGGAACUCUAAGAUUUAAUUUGCUGAAGUGAAAUUCAUCUUAAAAAAGGAAAUCUUGUUCUUGACACUCAUUUGAAUCAUAAAUGCAGAGUUUAUCUUGUUAGAACACAAUCAGAAAAUCAGUUUCUCAGUUUUGAUUUUGCUUCAUUGCUGUGUGAAUGGUUGUAAGUGGAUGCAGUACAUGUUGCUUUGAGGAUUCAUGUAAAACUUUGAAGCUUUGAAAGUGAAAAUGUGAUGUUGACCAAAUCAAGUCUUCCACUUGGUUCUUCUUAGCAAAAUAAAAUCAACAUUUAGGCUAACAAAUGCAUUGAGAAAAUGCUGUUUGUGACAAUGUUAUAAAAAGUUCUACUGACUGUCCUAAUACACGUUGAAUGAUGUUUUUUCUGUAGUGGUUGAGGGACAAGUUUUAGCAUAUUUGAAAAUUCAGGAAGAAGUUGAGUGUUGUGUCUUGGUUUAGUCUGUCUUUGGUGAGACUCCUGACAGUUGCUUGCUUUAAGUAAAAUAUUAAUACAGCUUAUGUGUGAUAUUUAACCGUAUGAAAUGGUCUUGUCACUUGGCAUGAACCAGGUGAGAAUUUAGAUGGUAGACUUUCUGUCUUAGAAAGGUAGGAAAUCAAGGAAAAGCAACUUUUGUUUCAUAGAUAGGUUUUUCUAACUAGGCUGAGCUUUUGGCAUGUGGAAUACCACAGUCUAGCUAUGGAUAUUGUUUUGAAAGUUGCUAGUAUUAAUUUAGAUUUGAGAUUAAUCUCAGUCUUUGUAGUAUACUAAAAUUACAAUAGCAACACAAAAAUCAGACUGAAAAUGAUUUUCUGAUUGUUGACUUUGUUCAGUCAUUUGUAAGGGGACUAUAACCUAUUUUUGAAUGCAUGUUUGCAAAGUGAAAAAGAGAGUGAACCAGCGAAAUCACAUUAGUUUCCACUUGCUGACAUCCUCAUUACAUCGCUUACAUAUAUUUGCCAUGAUCCUGCAGAUGUCUCUUUGCAGCAUGUUAUGUAGUGUGUGGAUGUGUACAGUCUGUGACAGAAGCAUGGCUGCUGUAUUAUACCACGCAGAUUCAUCAUGUAGAAAUAGUUGUAAUUUAUUUCCACCCUUUUCCCCUUGAGUUUUUGGGUUUAUUUUGGCAUCUUGGUAUUCAUAUUUUAGUAUUCUAAUCCAUAGUUAAUCUUCCAGUGUAUCAAAGAGGCUCCAAAUGAGAUGUAAUUUGGCUCGAUAUCGUGUUCAGGUUAACUUUUGAAUAGCACUUAAAAGAUGAGACCGUGUCGUAGAAGGGUUUAAUUUCCUCCGUCCAUAAUGUCAAAGGUCACAGACAUUCUUCACAAAUGUUGAAACACACCAAAUUAAUAAUUUACUCCAGACUUGCGUAUUAAGACUCAUGUGUGCUUACUAGGGGUGUGUGCCAAGUAUUGUUGAAGUUUGUAUUGGAAAUGUAGUAUGGUACAUGUAAAUUUUGGGGCAUGACUGUAGAAACAAAGGUAUCUUCCACUUUUUUGACAUAAUUAUGUAUAAAUUCAGCAGAGGUAAGGCUGUAAAAAGAAACGAUUUGGUGCGAUAAUAUCCAUAAAACAUAACGGAUAUAUAGCCUACUUAGCAUGUAAUGAAUGAUUUGUAGUUGGUUGUCAUUUUGAAUCCAGUUGUGUUUAAGUUGCAUGAAUGUUAGCUGUAGAGUUACACCGUAACAGCAUUGGUUUGAUUUGAUACCGUGCUAUCUGUCUUUACAAGUAGGCUUACUGAAAAGGCUUCUGCCUUUGCAUGCAUGGUCGUUUUCAUCCUUAUUUUGACAAGUGAUUGCAGUUUUUGUCUGUGCCUCGUAUUCAUUUAUAUCAAUAUUUGUUUUAGAGGUCAUUAGUUUUGGAAGACUUCUGCCCAUAGUUUUACAUGUUAUCUAGUAAUAUACAGCAUUGGGUUAUAUUGCCCGUUUUUGUUAGCUUCACGAAGUUAGAUGGAAAUGGGAAGAUAGCAUGCACUGAUUAACAUUUUGAUUGGUUUCAUCGGCAACAUCAUUGAGUGGCAAUAUUCAUUUGAAGAUUGCUUAAUCACAGCGAGACUAACGACAGUGUGUAUAAGACACAGUUCACUGCGAUGUAACCGUAAAUAGGAAUUUGGUUCGACUGCCUGGGUGUAAAUUUGUUUGUUUUUUUUAAUUUCGAGGAGUUAACUUCGCAGUGUUUUGAAAUACACGAAUGACAGCUUCUCUUUGGGAAAUGAUAUGCUUAAUUAAAAAAAAAACUCCAUAGUUGUUGUGUAUCAGGUGGUUUUUAAUUCAACAUGUAGUUCAUGCAUCUGGACACGCGUUGAUUUUGUGUAGAGAGAAUGUUAUGAACAUUUUCAAUAAGAAUAGCUUAGUAAUUCAGGAAAGUGACUUGACAUGUCACAUGGUAACAGCAUUUCCAUUGAUCCACUUCCAAAAUUGGCAUUUCAAUAGUUUUACCAUGAAUAGAUUGGCAGAGCUAAUUUAUAUUUCUGUAUCAUAACUCGCUGUUUGAUGUGUUGUGUUUCUUGUGCCAUUGUCUGUGAGGUUAUAUGUUUCAGUUAUCUUCCUAAAUUCUUUCGCCUAAAGAUAAGGCGUUGCCACUAACAAAAAUAAUUUUAAAAUAAAGUAAAAGGUAACUUGUAAUAUUUUUAUUAUCAUUUCACGGUGAGAAAUCAACAAAUUUUCAGACCCCUUGUAUUAGAAAAUGUAUUUAACAUUUUAAGAAAUCUGAGAGAUGUUACUUUUGUCAAUUAUUCUUCCGUUUUCAUUCACUUCCAUAUCACUUUAUAGUUGGGUGGCUAUCUGGGCCAAAUACAAUUUCAGCUUAGCGAGUGUUUUGAGUGCGCUUGAAUUGUAUGUAAUUAUGGCAAUCAACUCGGUCUAGCACGAAGAGGUUCACAGAUUUAUUUUGCGUACAGUGAUUGUGUACAAGUUAUGCAGGGUGAACCAAUUUCGUGUUUAAUUUAUUGGUGUCGGGUAGUGAGUAAAAGACAGGGACAUUUUGAUUGCCAGAGAUUGUUUCAGGUGAAAAGGAAUCUGUAAUUUAAAUAUAUUGAAAUAUUGCUUCGCUAACGCUGUUUUUCGAUAACUGGAUAAACUCUGCGGGACACUGUUUUGUAUAGCCCAGUGACAAGCAUGUACAGGAGUGAUUCGUACAAAGAAAUGUGGGAGUUGAUUCUACUACAGCAAUCUGCGACACUUGUUGGCAUCGUCAACUUGUUCUGUCUUUGAACAAGUUGCGCGCCUACCUCAAAAUAACUAGUGUAUUGAUCCGUACAUCUGAAAUGUGGUAGUAGACAACCCUAAAAUGCGACUCUUCUGAGACCAGUGAAAUUUGUACUUCGGCCUUAGAACAGACAAUAAUCGAAUCUUGCAGCUUUACCUAGUCACAUUAGGCCUAUCCUUUAUAUACGUGCAGUUACCACAGCUUGGCAUCUAACGGAGGCGUACUUGUAAGAACAUGUGGAGCAUUUUAUUUGGCAAUUUUGUUCAAACGGACAUUGUAUGUAAAUUAUGUUGGGCCAGUUCAAAGCUACUUAAACACGUAAAGUGCUGUAAAUCAACAGUAGUGAACAUUAAGAUUCUUCAGAUAAGCUUUUUUGGUUGUGUAAUUUAAGCAUCGCUACAAGUCAUGUAUAUAGCUGUGUAUUCAUUGGUCCAAAUUCACAGAUGUUGAUUCCAUUGUACUUAGCCUCGUAAGUGUUGGUGUUUAUUUGUGUCGCUGAUCAUCGUUUUGGUUCUUAUUAAAUUCAUGUUGAAUUAUAUUGCUUACCCUUAAUAACAUAAUGGAAGUAACAAUGAAAUGCAUCUUGCUGAUAUUGGACGAUAGAGGACUUUCCUACCGGUGUCCAGUCCGUCUGCAGCCUACGAAACCCCAGCUUUGAUUUUCUAGGUUUGCUAUUUUAACAAAUGAUAUUUAUUCUUCCUUGUGUAGCACUUAUUAACCAUUUUUAGCACAAUUAUGUGUAUCAUAUUAGCUUAAAAUUAAUGUAACUUAUGUAACAUCUGUGACAGUAUUACAUAAAACCAAGUAACAUUUGUAAAUGUCAUAUUGGUCUAGUGAUGUAGUGAAUCUAGCGCCAAGUGGAUGACAUCAUGGAUGUGCUUCAUCACGUGGUUAUGUGUAACGUCUUCCAGAAUGGUAUUCCGGGGGGGGGGAGCUUGGAGGGAUUGGGUGUCGGGAUACCCAAUCAGUAAAUAAUCACCCGAAGGGUUGUUUGCAUCUCAUCAAGAUACGUGAAGAGACCAGUAUGUACGUUGUAGUUUCAAUUAUUUCUGUUGACCUGGUCAUGUUUUAACAUGGGUCCUUGCUCUAUGAUUUUAAGUACACUCAAAGUCUAGCACAGUAUAGUCAAAUCUGUAUAAGUUACACAUUUUCAUCUGACCAUGUAGACAUAUCCUGUCCAAAGUCGAAAGCAAUUUUUUCUUGUGUACUCAGUCGUUCGUUCUAGUGACGGGGAUAUUUUAGCACAUACCAAGUAUUAAUUUCUGUACAACGAACAUAAAAUGCAAUAAACACAUUUGUUUAAACAACAAUUAGUUUUAGUUUAGUAAAGGAAACGACUUUGGCUUACACAUUAGGAAUUGGUAACUGACUUAACAAUUUCUGUAUUUACUGACUCGUGUUUUUAUUUUCCCUUGACUCGAUAUAAAAAUAACCAUCGUAGUGCAGGCGAUAUCUUGGGAUGCUUUAAACUAGCAUAUUUAUAGUGCAGUUAGGUUCACACUUUACAGUUAAACUUACUGGUAAACUGGACAAUCUUAGUCUAGAUUAAGCUCGUUUUAAAAAGCAUGCUUUACUGUGUACAUCGAUGUGUGAAUAAAAGAGCUGCACACAACAAUG